CGUGGCUUCGAGGGCCGGGGGCGUGGCUAAACUGUCAGGUUCCCCUCGCCUUUUGUUCAGUUACUGAGUCGCUGCCUCGGCCAGAGUCCGGAGCAGUCAUCGCCCGCGCGCCGAACCCAGUUCUCUACCCGCGCCGGUCCACACCCGGCUAGACCUGACCCGACCCUGCCCAGCCCCGCACCAGCCACCAUGGAGGUGAUGAACCUGAUCGAGCAGCCCAUCAAGGUGACGGAGUGGCAGCAGACCUACACCUAUGACUCGGGCAUCCACUCGGGCGCCAACACCUGUGCGCCCUCCAUCAGCAGCAAGGGCAUCCUGGACGAGGAUGAGACCUGCGGGCGCCAGUACACGCUCAAGAAGACCACCACGUACACGCAGGCCGCGCCCCAGGGGCCAGGUGACCUGGACUACCAGAUGUCCACCACGGCUAGGGCCAAGCGUGUGCGGGAGGCCAUGUGCCCUGGCGUGACCGGCGAGGACAGCUCGCUGCUGCUGGCCACGCAGGUGGAGGGCCAGGCCACCAACCUGCAGCGCCUGGCUGAGCCGUCACAGCUGCUCAAGUCGGCCAUCGUGCACCUCAUCAACUACCAGGACGACGCCGAGCUGGCCACGCGCGCGCUGCCCGAGCUCACCAAGCUGCUCAACGACGAGGACCCGGUGGUGGUGACCAAGGCGGCCAUGAUCGUGAACCAGCUGUCCAAGAAGGAGGCGUCGCGCCGGGCGUUGAUGGGGUCCCCGCAGCUGGUAGCGGGCGUGGUGCGCACCAUGCAGAACACCAGCGACCUGGACACGGCGCGAUGCACCACCAGCAUCCUGCACAACCUGUCGCACCACCGCGAGGGGCUGCUGGCCAUCUUCAAGUCGGGCGGCAUCCCCGCCCUGGUCCGCAUGCUCAGUUCGCCCGUGGAGUCCGUGCUGUUUUACGCCAUCACCACGCUGCACAACCUGCUGCUGUACCAGGAGGGCGCCAAGAUGGCCGUGCGGCUGGCGGACGGACUGCAGAAGAUGGUGCCGCUGCUCAACAAGAACAACCCCAAGUUCCUGGCCAUCACCACCGACUGCCUGCAGCUCCUGGCCUACGGCAACCAGGAGAGCAAGCUGAUCAUCCUGGCCAACGGGGGCCCCCAGGCGCUGGUGCAGAUCAUGCGGAACUACAGCUAUGAGAAGCUGCUGUGGACCACCAGCCGCGUGCUCAAGGUGCUGUCCGUCUGUCCCAGCAACAAGCCCGCCAUCGUGGAGGCCGGUGGGAUGCAGGCCCUGGGCAAACACCUGAGCAGCAACAGCCCACGCCUGGUGCAGAACUGCUUGUGGACGCUGCGCAACCUCUCAGACGUGGCCACUAAGCAGGAGGGCCUGGAGGGGGUGCUGAAGACCCUGGUGAGCCAGCUGAGCGUGGACGACGUGAACGUGCUCACCUGCGCCACGGGCACGCUGUCCAACCUGACCUGCAACAACAGCAAGAACAAGACGCUGGUGACACAGAACAGCGGCGUGGAGGCGCUCAUCCACGCCAUCCUGCGCGCCGGCGACAAGGACGACAUCGCGGAGCCCGCCGUGUGCGCCUUACGCCACCUCACCAGCCGCCACCCAGAGGCCGAGAUGGCGCAGAACUCUGUGCGCCUCAACUAUGGCAUCCCGGCCAUCGUGAAGCUGCUGAACCAGCCCAACCAGUGGCCGCUGGUCAAGGCCACCAUCGGGCUGAUCCGGAACCUGGCCCUGUGCCCGGCCAACCACGCGCCGCUGCAGGAGGCGGCUGUGAUCCCCAGGCUGGUGCAGCUGCUGGUCAAGGCGCACCAGGACGCCCAGCGCCACGUGGCCGCGGGCACGCAGCAGCCCUACACGGACGGCGUGCGGAUGGAGGAGAUCGUGGAAGGCUGCACCGGCGCCCUGCACAUCCUGGCCCGAGACCCCAUGAACCGCAUGGAGAUCUUCCGCCUCAACACGAUCCCGCUCUUCGUGCAGCUGCUGUACUCCUCGGUGGAGAACAUCCAGCGCGUGGCGGCGGGCGUGCUGUGUGAGCUGGCCCAGGACAAGGAGGCGGCGGACGCCAUCGAUGCCGAGGGCGCCUCUGCGCCCCUCAUGGAGCUGCUGCACUCACGCAAUGAGGGCACCGCCACCUACGCGGCCGCCGUCCUGUUCCGCAUCUCCGAGGACAAGAACCCUGACUACCGCAAGCGCGUGUCCGUGGAGCUGACCAACUCCCUCUUCAAGCACGACCCGGCUGCCUGGGAGGCGGCCCAGAGCAUGAUCCCCAUCAACGAGCCCUACGCCGAUGACCUGGACGCCACCUACCGCCCCAUGUACGCGGGCGACGACCCCCCGGAGCACCUGGACGUGGACGGGGAGUACCCCCUGGACCUGCCCUACGGCGACGGCCUGCGGCUCCCGUACCCCACCUCGGACCACAUGCUGGCCUAGGCGCCCUGCUGCUCCGCGCUCUCCUCCUGGCUCUGCUGAACCCCAGCUCUAAGCCGGCUCCUUUCUGGGGUGCCGGGGUGUGGUCCGCCUUCCUCAGACCUUGCCUGGGCGGGACCUUGGCCCUCCGGGAGUGGCCGGCCUGGCUGUGCCUGGGCCGGCAGCUGUGGGCAGGUGUGGCCCCUGGGGACACAGGUGAGCCUGAAAAGUGCCUGCGCGGAGCCGCCGCCCCUCCGCUGCGCCCCGGGGUCCCCUGUCCCGGGCCUGCCCCCCCCUCCGUGACCCUGGCCCUAAAGCUUCAGACCCCGCGACCCCGGGCUGUGAGUCCUGUGCAUGGUCUGGGCCCCCACAGCUGCAGCCCAAAGCUCAGGACCUGGUGGUGGGGCGGGAGCCCCCCUGAGCGACGCCCCUCCCGGCCCGUCCCACCCGAGAACCCCAGAAGUGCUCUUGCUGACCCCUGCGGUGUGCGGUGUGGGCUUCCUGUCCCCCUCCCCGCUGUGGACCACGUCCCCCGCCCGCCCGUGAGGGCCGGCUGCGAGUUCAUGGUCAUCGUUGCUUUAUGGCCUUGGUUCUUGGUGGGGUUUUUGUAUCGACCAAAGCAAAGGAAAUAAAAAUCACACUUGGAGUCAAGGA